AUGGGAAAAACAUCAAGCAGAGAAUGGACACGGAUCUACCUCAUCUACGGAAUGGAUCAGUGCCAAACCUUCGUCUUCCUUCUCUGUCAAGCCAUUCUCUUCUCACUUCUCUCAGUGCUUUACCUUCGCUACUUCAACCAAAUCUCCAGCGUUUUCGAGACCCUUCUCUCCAUCGCCGCCGUACACGGCGGAGCAGCCCGCUUCGCCGCUGGGUUUACCGGCUCCGUCACGGCACUCUCCGCACUCUGUCUCUUCUACGCGGCGGCGAACUUUUUCUACUCUGCAGUGCCUCUCCAUUCUGAGAUGGCGCAGCGCAUGGUGGACGCAGUCAAUGACUGGUCAACCGUGCGCUUAGCGCUUGACCUAGGCUGUUGCGGCCGCGGCAUUUUACUGAAUACCGUCGCCGCCCGUCUGAAAAAGGAAGGAGGAUCGGGUCGGGUGAUUGGAUUAAGCGGUCCGAAUAAGGCUGAGUUAGCGGCGACACUUCGGGCGGCUAAGGUUGAGGGAGUGGAGGAGUACGUGACAUGCCGGACAGGCGACGCCACAAGAUUACCGUUUUCGGACGGCAGUUUCAACGUUGUGAUGUCCGGCAUGUUCGUGCACACGGUGGGUAGGGGGCACAGGGAGGAGGUGGCGACGGCGGAGAGGGGGAGAGCGGUGGCGGAGGUGGUGAGGGUUUUAAAGGAGGGUGGGAUUGGGGUGGUGUGGGACCUUGUGCACGUGCCGGAGUACGUGCGGCGGUUGCAAGAGAUGAAAAUGGAAGACAUAAGAGUGAGCGAGCGUGUGACGGCGUUCAUGGUUAGCAGCCACGUCGUGUCGUUCAGGAAGCCCACUCACCACGUUCAUGGCCCACCUGAGGUUAGGUUGGAUUGGAGAUUCUGCUGA